GACAACUCUUGAUCGUACUCAGUGGUUCUUGCAGAGUGUUGCUAAUUUCAGAAAGAAGCAGAACAGCAUCGAAUUACUAGAAAGCAGGACUUGAAGACGAUGUGGAAGGACAGAGAGGGUGUGAGCAUCUAACACCACGCUGAGCUCAAAUCAUAUUCAAGAAUCUGUCAGAGAGCUGCACCUCGGCGUCCUUAAAAGGGAUUGCAUCUUUGGUUUUUACCAGCUUCAAUUUCAUCAUCAGCGUCAACCAGCUGUGACCAAAAUGGUAUCAGUGGUGACAGAGAGCAGAGAACGGAGCACUCACCUUGUAAUCAGAAAAAAGGAAGCUUCACACAAGACUUUCUUGAGUCGUGCUUGAGCAGAAACAUGUCAUGGUCUCUGGUUUGACUGGGUGGUGGUGAGGAUUCUUCACACUGUGAGUGACAGGCAGAGUACCUGAUGGGCUCUGAUAACACUAAAAAGAUUUUAACCAACUCGAUGAAGAAGUGCCUCCUCCUCUUGCUUCUCUGUGUUUUGUCGCUGUAUCUUCUAUAUGGAUGGCUGCAAAAAAUCCAGGACCCGACGGCCAUAAAUCCCGCCACCCUUGGUAACUGGAGCAGCAGCAGACGCGUGACCAUCCUGCUGUGGCACUGGCCCUUCGGCAGGCCAUUCAGCCUGGAAGGUGACGUUUGCUGGGACCUCUACCGCAUCCCUCACUGUAGACUUGUGGAUCAGCGCUCCUUGUUCCCCUCGGCUGACGUGGUGGUGUUUCACAACAGAGAGCUACUAGAGGGUGAAAAGCUGCCCCUUCACCUUUCACGGCCACAGAACCAAAGGUGGGCCUGGAUGUCCCUGGAGGCCCCGGUUUACAAUGGACACCUGCAGCAGUUUGCCAACAUCUUCAACAUGACCAUAACCUACAGGAGGGAUGCUGAUAUCUCUAUACCCUACGGUGAGCUGCUGCCAAAGGAAGCUGAAAGUCAUCUGGAGGAAGACGUCCCUCUGAAUAAAAGCUUUCUGGUCUGCUGGGUCGUCAGCAACUACAGGAGGCAGCACAAGAGAAGCCAGGUGUACAAAGAGCUCACUGCCACAGUUCCUGUGAAGGUUUACGGUCGCUGGACAAUGACGCCCCUCCCCUCCAGUGCCCUCUUACCUACUAUCUCUAGCUGCUACUUCUAUUUGGCCUUUGAGAACUCUGUCAGCAAAGAUUACAUCACAGAGAAGCUGUGGAGGAAUGCCUACCAAGGCGGGGCAGUGCCCGUCGUCUUGGGACCAUCCCUAGGUGAUUACAAAGCCGUGGCUCCCCCUAAUUCUUUCAUCCAUGUUGAUGAGUUUGCAUCAGUCAAAGACUUAGGAAAGUAUUUACAACAGCUUGCACAGGACAAGGAACGCUACAGUGAAUAUUUUACGUGGAAACACCAGUGGAAAGUGAGGCUGUACACAGACUGGAGGGAGAGAUUGUGUAAGAUCUGCCCACAGUACAACAGUUUAUCGCAGCACAGAGUUUACUCAGACCUCGAGGCCUGGGUCCAUUAAAGUUACUAACACUUGAGCUUGCACAAUUGUGGUUCAUUUUGCAUUGAUAACUUUUAAUUUUACUAAACCUCUGACAAAUUAGCAAACACCAUCCCCAGGACAUUUCAUCAAUUUUAAAUGGACAGGAAGUAACUCUGGCAAGAAAUACAGGCAAAGAAGUCACAUGAUCAGCACUUGACAUGAGAUGUAUGAAUACUGAAAUGUCACUGAAGUGUGCUUUCCAGAGAUGGACCUGAUAAUAAUACGUAAUAGUAAUAAUAAUAAUAAUGUGCUCUUUCCAGGGUGUGUAUGGUUUUCAUGCUGUUGCAAUCAGAUCAGGAUGAAAGAAAUGGUAGAAAAUGAACAGGACAGAAAUUUGAGUAUUGCAGAAAAGGCUGAAGAAUUACAUCCUUGAGAUGCAGGAAACUGUUGAAGGACACUGUGAAAACAUCUAACAUGUAUGCACCAACACAACUAACACAGUUUAACUAAUGACCAAGUGGAUUAAAUCCCAAGCACUUACAAGAAGACUUUAAGGAAACAUGUUUGUUUGUUUUUUUGCUUUCUUGCUGAAUUAGAUGAGAAGAUUGAUUCCAUUUGUCCUGGUUGCACGAUAAAUAUGAGGCUACAGCCAGACGCUGGCUAAUUUAUCAUAGCACACACACGAACACAGGGGGAAACAGAUAGCGUGGCUGUCUGAAGCUAAAUAUAAACUGUCAAGCAGCAGUGACAACUUUAGAUGUGGUGGUAGGCAGACGUUAUUGAACUGAGUUACACCUGCUGCUCCCCCCUGGUUCUAGGCUUUGUGCUAAGACAAGUUAAACAGCUCUAGCUAUAUGUUUUUCACACAGAGUGAGUUCUAGUCUAACUGCUAGCAAGAAAGAAACACAUUUCCCCAAAGGUUUAUUCCUUUAAACUUAACACAACACAACAUACCCUCUAGUCUGCUUCGAGGGCACUGAUGCGGCUCCUAGCCUGACACACAUGUACUGUAACAACGCAUCACAGCACAGAGCUGUGCUCUAAUGGCACUAAGAGUCUCUGAUGUCAUUUCAUUAAAGUACAUCCAUCAAAGAAUACUGACUGAUCUUUGGUGGACAAAUAUGGCCUUUAGAACACAGAUGUACUUGAAGAACUGAAGACGAAACUGCCUUUGGUUUAAUGUCAAACGCUUUCUCAUGGAUGUCGUCCAUGAUGAGAGGAUCCCAAAAACAUGAAAAGAAGUUGACUCCAACUUGACACUGGUGCAACUGCAGUGUCAAAUACAGGAUAUCCUGUCCAAAUCCUUCAGAUUUUCAUAUUGCUGCUCCAUUCAAAAGACAGACAUGGUGGUGACUGAUCUGUUAUCAGAAAGCUUGAUUUUUUUUCUGCAGUAUUUGAUUUUGAAGAUGUUCAAUGAUUUUUUCAUAUAAUUGAGACUGUGAAAUUGUGACUUCUGUUCAUGUCUGUCUUCCUUUGCCAAUAUAAACAAUGUUUAUGUGUUCCUUGAGAAAUACACACCAAGUGUCACUGCAGGAAACACUGCAAAACUAGUCACAAGCUAGACCUCAACUUCCUCAAACCUUUGCAACACAGGGGGUUUCUUUCGGUUACUGUAUCAAUGAUUCAGUAUGCCCUAUUGUCAGCAAAGGACCCAGAAUUUCAGUUCCUCUGUCAAUCCACAAUUAAACCACAUCUGGUUGUAAAUUCACUGUGGGAGAAUUUACCGUUUUUGGUGGGAUGUACAAAAGUUUUACUGGGGGGGGAAAAAAAACAUUCAACAGUUUGCACAUAUUUCAACACAUGGACAGUUUAAAAAAGUCAGUUUUACUUGAUUACUAGAUGCAGAGAUACAUUUAAAGUUUAAGGUGUUUUGAUUAAAAACAGUGUGGCCAACAUUUCAAUAAAUUAUAAUUGAAUCCAUUUACAACCUGUAGAGAAAAUGUGCCACUUUGAAUACUACUGGUUGUGGUCUAAUAGUUAUAAUUGCACUCAUGUUUGUCAAUAAAAUUAGGAAAUAUCUUACCAUCAAUACUAGAGUAACUCUGGGCUACAGGAUUGCGCUGAUUGUGUUUUACUGGUGACACUUUGGUGUUGCUAAUAAGUUCAUGGUCACCUGUACAGGCUGCCAAGCCACGAGGUGUAAUCAAGAGUGAUUAAAUGACAUUUAAUGUCUUCACUUCAAAGUUUAUCAACUGAGUAAAAAAAAAAAAACACUUCUUAAAGCCAGACAAGAGAAAUACUCAAUGAGCACCCAAACUUUUAGUAUCGAGUGUUAUUUGACAUUUUAUAAACAUA